AUGCCUCACGCUACGGACCCCGGGGCGCCCGACCCCGAAGAUGCAGACUUCGAGAAUGUCAUGCGACAGAUGAACGGCCCCUUGGACGGCAGCAUGUCCUUCGAUUUCUUACAGAGAGACUUGGAACCCGGCGAGAAAGCAGAUGAUGCGAUCGACUACGAAGAUUUCGACGAUGACGACCUUCCGGAAGAAGAGGAGAGAGCUCAGACGGUCUUGGCGGAGAAUGGAGUCGCAGUGAUUGAUGAUGAGGAUAAAGGUCUGUUUGAGGCGGAGGAGGAUGAUCUUUUUGGAGGCCAGGAAGAGGAGGAGCAACAUCAGUACGAAAAAACUCAGCAGGCCGCUCCCCCCGAUGAACUUGACGACCUCUUUGGUGAAGGGCCUGCCUCCCAUGCGCCAGAUCAAAUGGACCCAACCCGAGAUCUAUUCUUCGAAGAAGAUGAACAGCCCCCUGCCCUACCUGUCGUUGGCGAAGCGCCCGUCACCGAACCUGUGCCCAUGGUGAUGGAUAUGGACGAAGAGCAGGAUGUGCAAGUGGAUGGCGCUAUGAGUCCCACGGCAGAAGAUAUGGAUCCUGCGGCCCUCCGCGCAUGGAAACUCCAACAGGCCCUGUUUGCCAUGUCUACUGUCGGCCCCGACAAUCCUCCUGCUCCGCCCGAGAAUGUAGAGGAGCUUCUGCAUUCUUUGUUUCCAACCUUCGAUCGCAAAUCCCUUCCUCGCUUUCUCGAAUUGAUCCCACACAAGAAGGCUUUCUUUCUGGGUAAACAGCCCGUUAGGCCCCCCAAGCCGGUUCUUCCGAGUAAACUCAACAUCGAGCUGGCCCACGAUCAGGAACGGAGUUUUAAAUCGGGGGGACAAGUCUAUAAGCGCUCAUUAGAAUCAGAGCAGCUAGGGAUCAUGACCAUUACCGAGGCCGUUCAGGAAGAGGAAGAGGAAGCCAGGGAGGAAUUCGACCAGGACACUGACACCGAUGAGCCUUUGCCAGGAGGCAUCACUUUGCAUGAUCUCCGUGUCGUAUGCUCUGAUUGGGAUGUUCAGGACGAUGACUCUGUUAUGGAUGUUGACGAGCCGGCCCCUAAGGACACUAUGGAGGACGUGGAAGACGACGACUGGCUUGUCGAAACUACUCGUCCGGCUAAAAAACGGAAGAUUGGGAGGGAUCCGUUGGACUUAGUUGCUCUCUCCCACGUUGACGUGCCCUUGAUGGAUGAUCCUGUACAUGUUACGUCGCGGAUUGCCCAAAAGGUUACGGUUGAUAUGAAUGACCCUCACAUUCUGCUAGAUGAGCGUGGUCCCGACUCCACCGCCCAGAAGCCCAAAGCGCUUGGAUCCUUGAACCGCGACGAGAUGGAUGUGAAUGUCACUCGGCGCCUCACCUCCCGCUACAACAUUUCCAACGACCAGGCGUACGACAUGCUCAAGCAGAAUCAUCAAAACAAAGUCCGAAGUACUCUGGGUAAUGUCACGCUCGAACACAGUAUGCCUGCGCUUCGCUUGCAAUGGCCCUACUAUAAAACAGAGCUUGCCAAAGCGGAGGCGCGGUCAUUCCAUCGCCCUUCUUUGUCCUUCCGGGCCGGCCAGACUUGUUGGUUCAAGAAUCCCGCUCACGUCAAGCGCAAGCACCACAAAGGCAAGGAUGUUAAAACAAUCUACAACUCCACCAAAGCACUGUCAAUGGCUGACAACUCCAACGUUCUGCUGGUUGAAUACUCGGAGGAGGUGCCACUUAUGCUUUCCAACUUUGGAAUGUCGAAUCGUUUCAUCAAUUAUUAUCGUCGAAAGAGUAUGGAGGAUCCCACCCGCCCUAAGGCAGAAAUUGGUGAAACGGUUGUCCUGCUUCCUCAAGAUAAGAGCCCAUUCUCUAUAUUUGGACAUGUUGACCCGGGUGAGAUCGCCCCCGCUAUAUCAAACUCCAUGUAUAGGGCACCGCUGUUCCAGCAUAAAGCCAAAUCCACCGACUUCUUGGUGGUACGCAGCAGCACUGGCUCAGGGGGCAGUGAUUAUUUUCUCCGAAACAUUGAGAAUCUGUUUGUCGCCGGUCAGCAAUUUCCGUCCGUUGACGUGCCUGGGCCUCAUUCACGAAAGGUCACGACGGUGGCUAAAAACCGCAUGAAGAUGCUUGUGUAUCGCCUCUUAAAGAAGAGCCCUGAUCUCAGGCUCUCGAUCAGUGACGUUACCGCUCAUAUCCCAGGAACCAGUGACAUGCAGAACCGUCAAAAGGUCAAGGACUUUCUUCAACACGACAAGGAUUCAAAGUACUGGGUCCCCUUGGAACCGGUACCCGAACAAGAUGUGAUUCGAGCGUGGGUGCAGCCAGAGGACGUUUGUCUCUUGGAAUCCAUGCAGGUCGGCCAACAGCACUUGCAUGACACAGGCUAUGGCAAUGAUGCCGAGACCGGAGGGGAAGAUGACGACGAUGGAGAAGGCGAAAGCUUUGAGCAGCAGAUGGCGCCGUGGAAGGCGACCCGCAACUUCCUCCUCGCAUCUCAAGGAAAAGCUAUGCUCAAGCUCCAUGGCGAAGGCGAUCCGACUGGCCGCGGAGAGGGAUUCAGCUUUAUUAAGACAUCCAUGAAAGGUGGCUUCAAAGCGAUUGGCGAAAGUGUCGAGGACAAACUGGACGCGCAACGGCUUAAAGAGCUCGGCGGCCAUAGCUACAACGUUGCCCGGCAGCAGAAAUCCUACGAAACCUCCAUCCGACGGAUCUGGGACGCGCAGAAAGCUAGCCUGUCCUCCACUGUUGAACACUCGGACGAUGAGAGUGACGUUGACCGAGAGGAAGACGAGGAGUUUGGCAAGCCCACUCCCAGAUCGGAGGCUCCCACGCCCGCACCUGGCCGCCGCGACGACGAGACGACCAGUCAGUUCAGCAAGAUGAGCAUGGCGGAUCAGAAAGGCAAGGUGCUCCGCAUCAUUCGCUAUUACAAGGAUGAGAAAGGGAGUCUCUAUCCAAAGGAAACCCUCGUCUGGGAUCCUCGCGUCAUUCGGCACUACAUUCAGCACCGCCAUAGAUCCGAGGCUCUGUCUACUAAACUUGACUCGCUCCAGCCCACCGGCGACCCGGAGAUCGACGCUCGCAAUAAGAAACUGAUCGAAAACGAACUCAGCCGUCUCAACCGUAACAAGGAACGUCGGUUCGCGCGUGAGAAACAAAAAGGCGUUCUCCGCGUUGGCGACUCACCCGCCGAAGGACCCUCUGGCAAAUCCGCCGGAACUCAGCGCAAAUGCGCCAAUUGCGGCCAGGUCGGCCAUAUUAAGACCAACAAGAAACUCUGUCCUCUUCUCAACGGGACCAUGAAGCCCGAAGAUCGGAUCAGCGAUUCGGCUUUCGCUAUGGGUGCCCCCCCUGCUAUCUAA